AGUUACUUUCUAUCCCAUCAUGCAACGCCCUGCCUGGAGACGAACAUGGCGUCCGUGGAGAUCGGCAAUUCCAUCGGCGAUAUCACAAGAGAUUUACCCUCUUUGAAGUUUGAAAAUGCAAUAUCCGAGGAAGAAGCACAAUAUCUUGUUUUACGAACGAGGUCUCAUGCGAUCACCGUUUCGGCGUGUGCGCAGGCAACGUAUUUUGCCGCUGUUUUAAACGAAGCGAGACAGCACAUCCUCGAGCUGAGGAGCCCCCAACAGUCCAAGACGUCCAAGUUCCUCCAAGAUGCCCCACCCAGGGAUCCGCUCCUAGUCGGCAUCAUCGGAUGCGGCCGUAUUGGUCUCCAUCUUGCCAACGCCUUGCUGACAUACGCUGAUGUCCAACCCAAGGAGCUGUUUGUCUCAACAAGACGGCCUGAAACUCUCGGCACUUUGAAAGACAGAGGUGUUAGCUGUGUCUACAACAACGCCAAGGUUGCCACCUCCGUGCAUCUUCUCUUUCUCUGUGUGCUGCCAUCGCAGCUGCCCGACAUUGCUGAUGAUAUCAAGGGGAUCGUCCCGGCCCAUUGUACUGUCUACACCUUCCUCAGCUCUGUACCCAUCCCAAGGUUAAGACAGGUGAUCAAGUGUAGCAGCCUAAUCAAGCCGGAGUUCUCUUUGCCACCUGAUAAGGCUGACAAGCCGUGGGACUGCAGCAAGGAUGUCUGCACCACUCUGGAAAACUCACAGCAGGUGCAGGCCACCUGUCCACUCAGUUUAGACAAAGAAGAUGCAAUUCUGAGUACAGAUGACAAGUGGGCAGAGAUGGUCCUAUAUUCUUUCGUUAACCUCUGCAUCCGGCUCGGUCUGAGCAGAGAGGAGACGUUAUCCACACUGAACUGCGUGGUGCUGGGCCAGGCAGUGUCUAGGGAAUACACUAGCAAGUUUGCAGCUGAGAAUUUCACCAAAAGGAAAGACAUCUUUCCAAUCUUUGACUUGGCGGCUGUGGCAGCCAACCCCACCCCCCUGACCCGGGUCAUCACCGAGGACGAGGAGAUCCGAAGGCAGUUUGUCAAGAAGUACAAGAGCACCUUUGACAAGUUCUACUACUGGAAGGGAAUCAAACAAGUCAAGAAGAAACCAGAUGGAGAUUAAGAAAGAGACGAUAGAGGAGAAGCCCCAACCCCACCCCUCCCUCAGCCCCAAGCCCACCCCGCUCCCUCGGCCCACACCCCAUCCCUCCCUCAGCACCAACCCACCCCUCCCUCAGCCCCAACC